ACUCCCACCAAUAUGACAACCCAACCCCCACAAGAUCGUAAAAUCUUUUUCCUUUUUCCUCUUGCAUUAAUCUCUCUUUUUCUUCUUGGAACUCUUAGAUUUUUACUAGAUAACUUGAAAAAUAACCAAAUCCAAAUUCUACGGCAAAAUAAGUUUCUUAGGGUACCAAUAAAUGUUUCAGAAAAUGAAAUCAUUGAAGAAAAUUGCAAUGUAUUUGAAGGAAAAUGGGUUUGGGACAAUGUAACAUAUCCACUUUAUAAAGAAGAAACUUGUCCUUAUUUAGUUAAACAAGUUACUUGUCAAAGAAAUGGAAGACCUGAUUCUUUUUAUCAGAAUUGGAGAUGGCAGCCUCAUGGUUGCAACUUACCAAGGUUCAAUCCUUUGAAAAUGCUGGAGAUGUUGAGAGAUAAAAGGAUCAUGUUUAUCGGAGACUCUAUACAGAGAGGCAUGUUUGAGUCAAUGGUUUGUCUUGUUCAUUCAGUAAUCGCGGAUGUUGAUCAUCCCAUUGAAAGAGUUCCUCCCAGAAAGAUUUUCAGAAUUGAGGAGUUUAACGCGUCGAUUGAGUAUUACUGGGCUCCUUUCAUGGUUGAAUCUAUAUCAGAUCAUGCAACUAAUCAUACUGUAAUGAAGCGGCUAGUUAAGCUUGACUCUGUAGAGAAGCAUCGCAAACUCUGGGAAGGAGUUGAUGUUUUGGUUUUUGAAAGCUAUGUGUGGUGGAUGCAUAAACCUUUCAUUAAUGCAACAUACGGAUCUACUGAAAACGUUCAAGAAUAUAACGUAACAACAGCAUAUAAAUUGGCGUUGGAAACCUGGGGAAGAUGGAUAGAGUCGAAUAUUAAUCCUCAAAGGCAAAAGGUUUUCUUCGCGACAAUGUCCCCAACACAUUUAUGGAACUGGGAAUGGAAAGGUGGGAUUGAUGGGAACUGUUUUAACGAGACGCAACCAAUAGAAGGACCCUACUGGGGAACAGGUUCAAAUCUUGAAAUCAUGGCGAUUUUGAAAGAUGUAAUUGAGAAACUGGAAGUUGAUGUGCGUUUGCUGAAUAUUACUCAGUUGUCUGAGUACAGAAAAGAUGGCCACACUUCAGUUUUUGGUGAAAGGAGAGGUAAAUUAUUGACUAAAGAAGAAAGAUCAGAGCCAAAGACAUAUGCUGAUUGUAUUCAUUGGUGCUUACCAGGAGUACCUGAUACUUGGAAUCAGUUAUUGUAUGCAAUUUUACUGCAAGAUUACCGUAAUCAUUGAUUGAAAAAAAUUGGUUUAGUACA